UUUACCUUUUUCUCUCCACCUCAUCUCGUGGGAGAGCAUGGCAUUCGUUUUUUACUAUGGGCAUGAAAAUGAAGUGUCUGGUUCACCUUAGUUGGUAUAUGGACUUCCAUGGGCAAAGGUGGGGAGUUUGCGUUGUUCAUUCAUCAGUUCCAAGUCUCAGGACCCGUUUGAUUCAUGUCUCUUGGCUGAGGAGGGUGGAGUGUUAAAGAAGAGCAAGUGAUUUCCUUUCCUUUGAGCUUGUCAGUUCAGAAAAUCGAUCCAAUGUGGAACUACCUCUGCGCGAAAUUUCCCCAAGACAAUGGCCGAUGAUCAACUGAAGCAGCAGAUCUUUGACAAGUACGCAGGCAUGUUGAGUAAUUCAAGUGCCAAUUGGACGUCUUAUGCCAUCAAAAUCAUUCGAGAGCGUGAGGAGAUACGCAGAAUCUGUGGCCCCGCUCCAAGCUCCAUCCCGGAUAGUCUCGUCCAAGCGUUCAAGUUUUGGGGAUCAGGAGUGACCAUUAGCGUGAUGGGAUCGGCCGGACUCAUUGGCAAUCUCCUUUCUUUUAUGACCAUUGUCACCAUGAAGAAGCGAAACCUUUUUAACAAUCUUCUCCUAACCUUGACGCUAUUCGACACAAUCUUCAUUCUGAACAGUGGCAUCUUCUUCGUUCAACGCGUCUUCAUGUUCAAGAGCGAGAUAUACAAUUUGCUUCUUCCAAAGGUCAUUUACCCAUUGGGAGGAAUUGCUAUGACGGGGUCCACGUACACGUGUAUAGCGAUAGCCUUGGAACGUUACCUUGGGAUUUGCCAUUCCCAAUCGGAUUUUUUGAUUCGGCGCUCCCGCUAUUACAUCUGCACAAUUGUUUUGAUCAGCAUUAUCGUGGAUGCGCCCCGAUUCUUCGAGAUCAAUGGCGUCCUUCAUGAAGGUCGAGUGGUGGACUUUAAGUACUCGAAAUUGCGAACUAACCAGUAUUACAUCACCAUUUACACCCUGUGGACACGGAUGGUGGUGACAGCCGCGGGUCCUUUGCUCAUGAUGGUUUUCUUCAAUUGCCGGAUCCUUCAUUACUACAGAAAGAACAGCUUUACUUUCGGCCCCACCACCCCUCAAAGUACAGCAGCCACUCCACAGCAUUUGCAAAACCAAAUCUCCGUGGCCAGCCACACGCCCUCGCCGCAACCUCCAUUGGCACCGUCAACGCCCCAGCCUCCAAUGCAACAACAGCAGCAGCAACAACAACAACAACAUCAUUACUCCAACUCAUCCACCCAAGAAAAGUGUUUGUUCAUCACGUUCCUGUGCUUGACAUGCACCUUCUUCUUUUGUCACUUGCCCAGAGUUUUGAUGAACAUUCAUGAACUGCAAAUGAACCAAUUGAAAAUAGCUUGCGAUGAACAGUACAAUCGGCGUUAUAAGGAACCCAAUUGGGUCCUCAUUGCCUACAGCAUUGAAAAGGUUCUCUUGAUCUUCAACUCCUCGAUCAAUUUCGUCUACUACUGUGUGGUGGGCAAGAAGUUCCGACAACAUAUGUGUAAAGCGCUCUUCUGGUGGUGCCGAAGGUGCUUGAAAGUGGUCAAUGUGGAGCUUCCCACGGCAACCUUUGGCACUGGAGAGACGACGAUGCCGGACACGGAGAGCCGGAUCCACACUGGCCAUGGAGGGCCGCAUUCUACUCGAAGACAAGUCAGCAUGGAUUUUGUGAGUGUGAACGACCUCGACCUGAAGAAUCAAAUCGUACCCUUCGUUGGGGUGGAACACGAGACCCAGGUCGGAUCAGGGAGACGAAAUCGUGACGAGGUCGAGGAGUCCUCUCCAACCGAGGUAUCCUCGCCCAUGAAUCCAAGGAUUGUCAUAGAGCGUAAACACCAGAGCAUUGACGAUGAUGAGGAUCCGGAUUUCUCCUCAACUGAGGAGAAUGAGACCCACGGAUCCUCCAGCGCAGACGAGUACAGUUCGAGCAGCAUCCACUCCAGUUGCAGUAUCUGUCUGGCACGCCAAGCACGAAUGGACGAGCUUGACGCCACCUCACGAUCAGGUUCUUGGACCAGGCCUGUCAAGAAACGGUCCUACCAAAGUAUCAGUCCCAUCCAGGAGUCCACCAUCCUCCGGGCCGAAGUAGAGAUUCACCGUUGCAGCAACGAGGAGCUGGUCUCCAAGCAUAGCUCUGCCUUCCAAGCCUUGCCCCGAAGUGCAUCCUCUGUCGCCAGUCUGGGCGUCUAUGACGUGACCAUUAAUUGGAUUUCAGAGAGUGCCGACCUAGCCGCUGCCUCGCAAAGGUUUUCCACCAUGGCAUUCCUCUCCCCCCUAUCGGCCACUUUACCUCGGGCAGGAUCCCAAAGGAUAUCUGCCACUCAUAAACUAGACCCUGUGGGCCUGAUUGAGGGCCUCUCCUCUCCCUCUGAAGCUAAUCCCAAAUUGCUCAAGAAGGCAUCAGGCGAGCCGAGUAUUGAAGCUCGCGAAGAUAGCAAUGAGAACCCACCCGUCUUUGUGUAAAGAUGUAUUUCCUUCCAUCAUUACCCGGCAUCUCGGUUUUUACCUAGCCAUCCCAUCCAAUGUUUUUGUGUCCAUCGAUUGUUCUCGUGUUUUGUCAAUUUGAAGUUUUAACCCUACGUAUGAGGAAGGUACCUGAAUAUUUCAGAAGCUCGUACCUAUCGGCAUAUGCUCGAGUUCUCCACUUGAUACCUGAGUUGUGUGUACUUGAUUUGAGUUCAUUUGACAACUUUCAAAUUGUAAAGGUGUCAUGGCCUGCUUGCUAGGCACUAUAUUCAUUGUCCAAGUGAAACAAAACAGCAAAUCUCUGAUUGAGCCAACAAAGAAACUAAAAGUUCCCCUGUUUAACAAGUCCCCGUUCGAAACUUUGAUGUGAUAUUUGAAGAAUGAAAUAUUGACCGGCAAUUCUUCUUCCUCUGUCCCUGAAAUCCCAAGCCAGAUAUAAGAUAUUGAAGAACUUGUUUUAGUACUUUAUGAUUUUCAAUUUCAAUGGCAAUGUAGCCCUAUCAAUGUUAUGGAUUUGAGUGUCAAAACAUAUACCCAGGAUUGUAAUCAACUCCAGUCAAUAGAAUCUAAGUUCUUUUUGUGUUCCAGCCCAAGGUGACAAAUCUUAGAUAAUAAAAGACUUGUGUAUUUUUGAAAA